UUUCUUUUUAUAAUUACUCUGAUUCAUGAAAGUGAGCUUAUCUUCGCAAAAUGCCUAUAAGAUGGACUUCUUGAACAAGGUGUCCUUACAACAGAAGGGUAAUAAGGUUAAAGAGGCAGCUCCAAGUAAGAACUUUGAUAUCGAACUGGAGGCUCUACAGAAAUUACCCAAAGGCACGAUGUAUUUCGGGAAAAUGAAGAGUCCUGCUCUCAAGCAGGCUAUCAAUUUUGCUCAUCGGAAUAAUAUCCAAUCUGAUGAAUACACUGAAACUGCUCUGGAUUCUGGAAGGAGAAAUAUCGAGGACCUACUUAAAACCAUAAACGAUAUCUCUUGUCAGGAUUGAAAUUUACCGAAUUAUACAAGCUCUGGUGGCAUAUGCCCAAGUUCAGUAAAAUAAUUUGAAGAGUUUGCACGGCCAAGGUCACAUGAAGAAUUACCGGUCCAAGCUUCAUCCAAUUUCUACUCAUGGGAGUUUCAAGGAAAUAAAGACGAUCGGGAGUAGUGAUCUCGAGUUGCAUGAGAAAACAGCUGAGUCUGCUCUUGUCCCAAAAUCAGGCUAUUAUUUUAAGAAGUAUAAGAUAAGUAGUCCUAAACUUCAUCCUGAUCCAGUAAGUUUGAUAAAUAAGCAAAUUGAUCAAUUUAACAAAAGGAAGCUGAAAAGGGAAGGAAAGCACCGUGCUAGUGUGGAAAAUCACAUAAACUUACCUUCUCUUGAGCUUGCAACUCCUAAGAAGGCCAAAGAGAAGGGUUUUGGAUUUACGUUUGGGAACAAAUCCAACAACAGUCAGGUAUGACAAAAUUCCAAAAGGAGGAGAUCGAUCCUUAUGAACCUUAAAAAAGGCAAGAAAGAUUUCUUCAUGCCUAAAUUAAGCUGUAAAAACUUAGGUGUACCAACUCUUUUCAAUGAGAAGCUAUCAUAGUGGUGAUAUCUGAUCAGAGAAUGGUACAUUAUAACAUAAAUUCUUGUUGAAAAUGUAAGAAUAUAGCCAAAAUCAUCUUUAAAGAGCCAAAAUAACCUGGGCAGAGUCCUUAGAGACCAAGCUUCAAGCAGAGGCUAACGUCUGGUUUAGGCUCUGAUAGUAUGGAUGAUCUAAACUAUCAUUCAUGACAGUUCAAUAGUGUAUCAAUAUAGGCCAGCCUAUUUUCUUUUGGAAAUAUAUUAAAUCGGUUAUACAAUAUU